AUAUGCACACUGUAUUUAUUUUCGAAAGAAAUUUUCGGCCAGUCCUCUGGUCUUCAUCAGCUUUACAGCAUUGUUGUUUUUCAGUACUUGACCUAGUUCAUUUAUGUGCGUUGGACCGUUGCUGGUAGCUGCAAUAAUUCUAGACCUUAUUCUUCAAAAUAAAAGAAUCUUUGUAUUGUCCAUCUCCAUUGACCAUAAAAAAUUGUAAAUUCAUCACUGCUUUAUAUAAAACUCUAACCAUAUUACAAGGUGAGCAAUGUUCUUGGGUGGAUCAGUGUAGUUAAAUAGUCUCACCCUGGAUCAAACACUCUCCAUGACUAAUAUUUUACUGAGUUCAAUACAGCUUCGUAUGCUAUAAAGUACAACAUGGUUUCUAAGCUGGACGUGGGAUAUGCGUGGAUUGUCGCCAUAGCAAGUUGGGUAGCGACUGUGAUAAUAUUUAUGGUAACAUCAAAUGGAAUAUAUUUUCCUUAUAUGAUUGACUACUACGAAGAAAGCUCCACAAAGGUUGCAAUGGCACUUACACUAAUUCAUUCACUUAAAUAUUCUUGCGGUGUGUUUGCAGCGAUUAUGGCCAAAGCAUUCGGCUGCCGAGUAGUAAUGAUUUCUGGAAGUUUUAUGAUGAUGUGUGGCUGUCUUUUAAUGACAUACUCAACGAGUAUAUUUGAAGUUUUCUUGGCUUUCAGUCUUUUUGGUUUCGGAAUAUGUUUGGAUUAUUAUACAACUUUCUUUAUCAUAGACGUUUAUUUUAAAAAGCAUUUCACAUUAGUGAUGUCAAUAAAAGUAUCAGUAACUGGAAUAGGGCAUAUGAUGGCACCGUAUAUCAACCAGAUGCUAGUUACCAAGUUUGGAUGGCAACAUUCGUAUCUUCUUCUUUCAGCGCUUAUAUACCACCUAGUUUUAUGCGGAGUGAUAUUCAGACCACCAAAAGGAAGUUCUGAUGAAAACCUUGAAGAACUUGCUCUUUUGGAAGUGGAGCACGAACAUAAUUGUCUCGAGCUUGAAAUACAAAAUAGAAUAACUCCAACAGAUGAAAACAAGGGUCUUAAUUGGUUGCAGUAUAUUUACGAAAUAUGUCAUUUGCGUUUGUUUAAGAAACAUUCUUUUGUCAUGCUUGUUAUCAUUGCAUUAAUACAAGGAGCAACUGAGGAAGGAGUCGAAGUUAUUAUGCCGGAUGACAUGCUAGAGCGAGGCGCUAGUCUACAUAGCAGCCAGUUAAUUUUGACAGCUUACGGAGCAAGUAGUAUUUUCGGAAAAUCUUUUCAGUAUAUUGUCAGCAAAUUCGUUUUAAACGAUUUGCUUAUCCAACUAGAACUCACUUAUUUCUUUUCAUUUCUGUCAUUACUAAUUUGCAGUAUAACGAAUACUGCUAACGUUGUUUAUGUGGCGAUGGUUUUUUUUGGUUUUUCUAUGGGUUGGUACAGUGCAAUCACACCACUCCUUGUGAAGUCUGUGAGUGAUGAUUUCUCAUUUGGAAUUGCUUGGGUUGAUACUUCUUUUGGUGUUGGCGCAUGCAUAGGAGUUCCGUUGGUUGGCUAUCUUCGAGACAAAAGUGGAAAUUUUUGGUUUUCCGAGUUGGCAUUGUUAUGUUUUACAUUGAUUAAUAUGGUGAUAAUUUUUGGUUUUAUUGUGUGGAAAAGACCAAGAAAACAAAGCCAGACAUUCUGAGAUUAUUUCUACUUAAUUUAUUUUUUUAUCGAUGAGUGAUUAUAUUAUCUUCGGCUGAUUUAGAACAUUGAAACCAACCCAAGUAAUAAUUCAUUGAGUGAGUUGAGCCGGGUUUUUCCACCUAGUCUGAACUAGGCCAAAAUAAGCCUAGAUGUAAACAGAAAAUAAAAUGCGCGAAUUACGAAUAUGAAUAUUUCACGCGAAUACUUAUGCUAGCAUUCGUUAUUGCCCAGUAUAGACAUCUCGCUAGGUACGCCAUGGAUUAACGCAUGCCCACAACCCGCAGCAGUCCGUCAAAAACUUAAAUAGCAGAAGAAUGAGCUGUUCCGCGUAUUUGCAUUAAAAUUAAUGGAACAUCUGCCCUCCCGCGAGUGCAGUAAAAUUUGACCAUUUGACUGAGUGGAGAAACUACAGGAA